CAUUUAUUUUAUAAAAAUUGAAGAGAAAAAGAGAGAGAGAGAAAAACCCUUGGAGGCUAUGGGGUUUUACUGCAAUUUCAAACUGACGGGACUCGUUACUCAAGAUGAAGAGAUUCUGUAGAGAAGAACAUCUUGGAGAAAUCUUCCCCAAUGUCAUAGUAUAAUCGAAUCCCUGUUUCUGUUGCAAAACCCUAAAUUGAAUCCCAAACUCGGGCCCAUUACGAAUGGAAGCUGCCGAAAAUGGCAGAAGAGCCGAUAGCUCUUCUUCUCCGAAGCCCUUGAAGUUCUCAGCUUAUCAGAACCCGGCCCUAUCCGCCGCUCUCACCGCCAACAGCCUCCAACCUUCGAAGUUCACCUUCCUCUGCAUCUUCUCCCUCUCCUCCGUAUCUGCAUUUGCCUUUCUUCGUAUUCUUUCCUGGGAAAAUGCGAUUGUUGGCAAUUUGAAGCUCAAGAACUUUCCUGAAGAGGCAGCCUAUUUGUCUGCCAAGGCUGCACAGAUUGUGGUAGGCUUAAUCUUUUUAGGAACAGUAUUAGCCUUUUUCAAAGCGAUAUCCUUGUAUAGGAAAAGAUUCAGUGGUGUUGUGUCUGUUGUAUCUGCCACCAAAGGAACCAAGGAACAAACACCUCUUUCCAAGCGUCAACUGGGGCUUAUGGGAUUAAAACCAAAGGUUGACAAUGGGACAUCUGAAAAGGCUGUAAAGCCUCCAAAAUCUAAACCCUACUCAUCACCUUCUCCUUCUUAUGUUCUUGUUCCUCUUCAUCAAUCAAUUAGCAGUUUUAGUUAUUCAUCUCAAAGAAACAUAGAUAAAUCGAACUCUGCCAGUGGGAGCAAAAUGCAGUCUUUUGCAACACCUUCGACAUCCCCGGGUUCUGCAUCUUCCUUGUAUCUUGUCUCUGGAGUGGCCUCACCAUUGCCUUCUACUCAGAGUUCAUCAGGACGGGAUUCAGUGGUGUGUACCCCGUGGUCAAGCAAGCGAGUAUCCUCUCUUAAAGAAAUUACAUCUGAAGAAGGCUUUGAACGAUUUCUUACUGAAGUAGAUGAAAAAUUAACCGAGUCUGCAGGAAAAUUGGCAACUCCACCCCCCACCAUUGGCAGUGUUGGUAUAGCCAGUCCCAGUACUGUGGCUACUUCAGCCAAUACUUCUGGAACUACCAGAAGUACUCCCUUGAGGCCUGUAAGGAUGUCACCGAGUUCACAGAAAUUCACCACUCCUCCUAAGAAAGUAGAGGGCGAUGUUCCCUCCCCAAUGUCUAUGGAGGAAAUGGUUGAAGCUUUCAAGCAUUUGGGAGUAUAUCCACAAAUUGAAGAAUGGCGUGAUUGUCUCAGGCAAUGGUUUUCUUCCACAUUGCUUCAUCCUCUUGUAGAAAAGAUUGAAACCAGUCAUGUUCAGGUAAAAGAAGUGGCCGCUAAACUCGGUGUCUCAAUUGCUAUAAGUCCUGUAGGCGACUCCACAGGAUCCCUUCCCACUGUGUCUUCGGUUGACAGGACUAAUGAAUGGCAACCAACACUGACUCUUGAUGAAGAUGGACUCCUCCACCAAUUACGAGCAACUCUCUUGCAAUCUAUAGAUGCCUCUACAAUCAAAAUGCCUCUGGCGAAUGCACCACAGUCCCCUCAGCAGAAUCCCUUAGUUCCAACCAUGCAAGAGUGUGUUAAUGCCAUUACAGAGCACCAGAAACUCCUUGCUUUGAUGAAGGGUGAAUGGGUCAAAGGCUUACUGCCUCAAAGCAGUAUUCGAGCAGAUUAUACAGUACAAAGAAUCAAAGAGCUUUCCGAAGGGACGUGCUUGAAGAAUUACGAGUAUCUUGGGACUGGAGAGGUUUAUGAUAAGAAGAACAAGAAGUGGACACUUGAGCUUCCAACCGAUUCUCACUUACUCCUAUAUUUAUUCUGUGCUUUCCUAGAGCAUCCAAAGUGGAUGUUACAUCUGGAACCUUCAAUCUAUGCCGGGGCUCAGUCCAGUAAAAAUCCUUUGUUCUUGGGUGUUCUUCCUCCAAAAGAACGCUUUCCCGAGAAGUACAUAGCAAUCAUAUAUGGUGUUCCUUCCGUUAUUCAUCCCGGAGCUUGCAUACUGGCUGUUGGAAGGAAAAAUCCUCCAGUUUUCUCUUUGUAUUGGGAUAAGAAGCUUCAGUUUUCUCUUCAGGGAAGAACAGCAUUGUGGGAUUCCAUAUUGCUUCUGUGUCACAGAGUGAAGAUCGGAUAUGGUGGAAUUAUUCGGGGAAUGCACCUUGGUUCAUCUGCCUUGAGAAUCCUUCCAGUUUUGAAUCCAGAUCCUGUAGACUGAGUGAAUCACCGUGUUUUUACUUCCAACAGUCUUUUUAUUGCAUAAACUCACUAGCUGUUACAUGAUACGCACAAACUGUGUUUAUGCAACAAUUUUUCUCCUUUGGGCAACAUGUAUCCUGGGGGAUUUGCUUAAGGUCUGGCUAUUGAAAGCCUCUAACUUUAGUUUCCCAGCUUGAAUGUUCAUGUAUCCUAGUCUGAAUUCUUCAAUAGCUGUAGUAGUACUGACCACAAAUUCACAAGGGUCCAUCAUGAGGAAUUUUCAUAGAACACCAUUUUAGAAUUUUGUUUGGCUGGCUGUAUUAUAUAGAUAGUGUGUAUUGAACUUUGAGCUUGAGUGAUCCAUUUUAAAGUUUAUUUGGCA